GUCGCCCGUGUCGCGUCCCGCCGCCCCGUGUCCCGCCAUGGCGCCCAAGGGCGGCCCCGGCGCGCGGCAGCAGUCCGAGGAGGACCUGCUGCUCCAGGACUUCAGCCGCAACCUCUCGGCCAAGUCCUCGGCGCUCUUCUUCGGCAACGCCUUCAUCGUCUCCGCCAUCCCCAUCUGGCUUUACUGGAGGAUAUGGCACAUGGAUCUUGUUCAGUCUGCCGUCCUGUACAGCGUCAUGACCCUCAUCAGCACCUACCUGGUGGCUUUUGCGUAUAAGAACGUCAAGUUUGUUCUCAAGCACAAAGUAGCACAGAAAAGAGAAGAUGCUGUUUCCAAAGAAGUUACUCGCAAGCUUUCUGAGGCAGACAACAGGAAGAUGUCUCGUAAGGAGAAGGAUGAGAGAAUUCUGUGGAAGAAAAAUGAAGUGGCAGAUUAUGAAGCAACAACUUUUUCCAUCUUUUACAACAACACCCUCUUUCUGGUCUUGGUCAUCAUUGCUUCAUUCUUUGUGUUGAAGAACUUCAACCCAACUGUGAACUAUAUUCUUUCUAUAAGUGCUUCAUCUGGCCUGAUUGCCCUGCUAUCUACAGGAUCCAAGUAGACAACACAAAGCAGGGGGUUAUUUCUGUGGGGAGUUCAAUUUUCUUACAAACAUUUAAGGGUGGAAGAGGACUGCUUUUUUAUGGCAUGACUUCUUGAAGGUUUGGGGUGGGAUUUAAAAGGAAAAUGAGUGAAUUAUAUUUACUUUUUGGUAUCUUUACAAGCCAUUAUUCAGUAAUUGGAUGAGUAAGUUUGUUACUUAGCAAACAGGGAAGAUGGCAUGUGAGCAGUUACUGAACAUACCUUUUCUGAAGCGCUUCGUGGGUACGUUUGUACUGCAGGUACCAGGCAGACGAUGGCACAGAAAGCUGCCCUCAAAAUCGUUAACACAAUUUGGUGACUGCUACAAGAGCCGGACUCCCUGAUCCUAAAAAGUGACAAUCUGCCAUUUAUCAUUGUAACAUGGAAAGUUUUAAUAAAAAGGAGGCUUUUCU